GCGCGAAGAGCAAAAAGAACCGAGACGAAAAGCAACAUGAAGGAAAGGUUCGUGGUGAUCCCCGUGGACAGCGGAGGGGUGGCAACCAGGGAGGGAGAGCACUCACCCCCCGCUGGAGCACAGCCGGCAGCGGACACCGGCGGCAGCAGCAGCGGGGAGGAAAAGGAGCCGCUGGAGGACUCGGUGUUCGAGCCUCAGGACACCGAGGCGGCGGUUCCGAUCCUGGAGUACGACAGGGAGCCUAAUAAAUACGGUGAUGGCGUCCCAAAGGAAAACAGUCCGUUCAUCAACAACACGGAACAUGACAAGAACAACAGUUACGACGGCACCAACAUGGCGCUUUUUGAGGAGGAGAUGGACAGCCACCCCAUGGUGUCAUCACUUCUCAAUAAACUGGCCAACUACACUAACCUCACCCAAGGAGCCCAUGAGCACGAGGAAGCUGAUGAAGAGGAGGGCGCCAAGAAGAAAGCCGUUAAGAGCCCUCAGAUGGGAACCUUCAUGGGCGUCUACCUCCCUUGCCUUCAGAACAUUCUGGGGGUCAUCCUGUUCCUGCGCCUUACCUGGAUUGUCGGCACGGCCGGCAUCCUGGAGUCUCUGGGGAUCGUGGGCCUGUGCUGCGCAUGCACGAUGCUGACAGCGAUAUCCAUGAGUGCAAUUGCUACUAAUGGCGUUGUACCAGCUGGAGGCUCCUACUACAUGAUCUCCAGAUCUCUGGGUCCAGAGUUUGGAGGAGCAGUCGGUCUCUGUUUCUACCUGGGAACAACCUUCGCAGGCUCCAUGUACAUCUUGGGUACCAUUGAGAUUCUGCUGACCUACAUUGUGCCUCAAGCAGCCAUCUUCAUAGCAGAGCAAAAGGAGGAUGAAGUUGAUGCCCUGCUCAACAACAUGCGUGUCUAUGGCACAUGUUGCCUUAUACUCAUGUCUAUAGUUGUCUUUGUUGGAGUCAAAUACGUCAACAAACUGGCACUGGUCUUCCUGGCUUGUGUCAUUCUCUCUAUCCUCGCCAUCUACGCUGGAGUCAUAAAAUCCAUUUUUGAGCCGCCAGAUUUUCCAGUCUGCAUGUUGGGGAACAGGACACUAAAAAACCACGACUUCGACAAGUGUGUGAAGACGGAGAUCAUAGAUAACCUGACGGUCACCACCAAGCUGUGGAGUAUCUUCUGUGAAGGACCUGAGCUCAACGCCACCUGCAACGAGUACUUUGAAAACAACAAUCUGACACUCGUUCAAGGCAUCCCUGGCCUGACCAGCGGAGUCAUCUCAGAAAACAUGUGGUCGCAGUACGGCCCUCUUGGCAAGUUGGUGGAAGACAAGAAGCUGUCCUCUGUUGGUGGAAGUGACCCCGCCAAGGACAUUUACCUUCCCUACGUGGUCAACGACAUCACCACCUUCUUCACUCUGUUGGUUGGAAUCUACUUCCCUUCUGUCACAGGCAUCAUGGCGGGUUCGAACCGCUCAGGUGACCUGAGGGAUGCCCAGAAGUCCAUCCCCAUUGGAACCAUCCUGGCUAUUGCCACCACUUCUUUCAUCUGUAUCCUUUCAUGUCUAAAGACGCUGUCCUUCCUGGGGAUGAGCUUGUGUCUCGCCAUCAUGUUCAUCUCUUCCUGGUAUUAUGCCAUCAUUGCCAUGGCGAUCGCCGGCUGCAUCUACAAAUACAUCGAGUACAGAGGAGCUGAGAAAGAAUGGGGAGACGGCAUCAGAGGCCUCUCCCUUAACGCCGCCCGCUACGCCCUCAUUCGCCUGGAGGAGGCUCCACCGCACACCAAGAACUGGAGGCCUCAGCUACUGGUGCUCCUGAACCUGGAUUCAGAUCAAGGAGUCAAACACCCCCGUCUGCUGUCCUUAACCACUCAGCUGAAGGCGGGAAAGGGCCUGACGAUAGUGGGGAACGUUUUACAGGGAACCUACCUCAUUAGGGAGACAGAGGCCAAGAAGGCCGAGCAGAACAUCAAGGCAGCGAUGUCCGCGGAACGCACCAAGGGUUUCUGUCACGUUGUGGUGUCCUCCAACCUCAGAGAUGGAGUCUCCCACCUCAUUCAGUCCGCCGGUUUGGGCGGCAUGAAGCACAACACGGUCCUGAUGGGCUGGCCUGGAACCUGGAGGCAAUCCAAUGACCCACUGUCCUGGAAAAACUUCAUAGAGACGGUCCGUGAGACCACAGCAGCCCACCAGGCCUUACUGGUAGCUAAAAAUGUGGACAGCUUCCCCACUAACCAGGACCGCCUCGGGGAGGGAACCAUUGAUGUGUGGUGGGUGGUCCAUGAUGGAGGCAUGCUGAUGCUGCUGCCCUUCCUGCUGAGGCAGCACAAGGUGUGGAGGAAGUGCAAGAUGCGCAUCUUCACCGUCGCCCAGAUGGACGACAACAGUAUCCAGAUGAAGAAGGAUCUCCAGAUGUUCCUGUACCACCUGCGGCUGGACGCUGAAGUAGAAGUGGUGGAGAUGCACGACAACGAUAUCUCAGCCUUCACGUAUGAGAAGACGCUGGUGAUGGAGCAGAGGUCUCAAAUGCUCAAACAGAUGCACCUUUCCAGGACCGAGAGAGAAAGAGAGAUUCAGAGUAUCACUGACGAGUCGCGUAGCUCGAUCCGGAGGAAGAACCCGGGAGCCGCAGAGAACUCCAGCGUCAGCCGGCAGUCCUCCACGGCGGAGGACACUCAGGAGGACAAGGCUCAGCUCAUCCACGACAAGAACACAGCCGCUCACGUCGCCAUGAACGACAAGGCCGAAGCCGGUCCUGAGCGGGUCCACAUGACCUGGACCAGGGAAAAGCUCUUCACGGAGCGGAACCGCAACCGGGAGGCCAACGCCAACGUGGCGGUCCGGGACCUGUUCAACAUGAAGCCAGAGUGGGAGAGUCUGAACCAGUCGAACGUUCGUCGCAUGCACACGGCGGUCAAGCUGAACGAGGUGGUGGUCAACAAGUCGCAGGGAGCCCAUCUGGUGCUGCUCAACAUGCCGGGACCACCGAAGAACAGAGGAGGAGAUGAAAACUACAUGGAGUUCCUGGAGGUUCUGCUGGAAGGCCUGAACCGCGUCCUCCUGGUGCGCGGAGGAGGCCGAGAAGUCAUCACCAUCUACUCCUAAAAGAGAAAGAAAGAAUAAAAACUGUUAUCACUGCACAUGAGGGCGGGUCGCCAUGGAUACCAAUCACCAGGCUUUUUUUUUUUUUUUUUUAAAGGAAAAAGGCCAGUAUGGUUGUAUGAAGGGUAGGGGGUUGUUGCAUAGCGGGGAGGGGUCGCUCAUGACUGAUUGAAGGACUUUGGUGUGCCCCCCCCCCUCUCUGAGGGAAGGUAGAGCCUAGAGACACUUUAUACCCGUCAGCUAACCUGAACCGUUCUGUUCGCUCCGUCGUGUGUUGAUGUUGUGGAGUCGCCACCUCUUCUCUCUUUACGUCGUUCAUCUCAACCUUUUUAGCUUUUCUUUGUUUAUUUUUUCCAUGUUGUUUCUGUUGCGUUCAGCUCUGGACCUACGAGGAAAACCCUCACAGAGGUUAAAGGUCGACCUGCGGAGACGUUCGAUCUGUUUGAAUUAGUUUAGACGCUGCUCUGCGGGUAAACGCUGCUCCUCUUCCUCACGCGUCAACGCCUCGCCGCGUCUCUACAUGUUAAAGGACCAGCCUGUGGGAGGCUUCAUCUGCAACCCUUCACAUUUCCAUUCAAGAUGUUCGUUUCUAGGGAAAAAUAGCCAUAACUAACGUUCAGCUUGUGCUUUUUAGAAGAUCUGCUGGAGUGUUUGGUUGGGAACAAAUAUGUGAUGAGAUUUUUACUUUUUUUUUUUGUUUUUAAAUAAGCUGUUUAACAGCAUGCGUUAGUGGAACGUUUUAAAGAUUUCCACUAAAACCCGAUGAAGAGGAUUGUUGGUAUUAAACGUUAGUCGGCUGCGAUUCGACGCGAAUCUCCCCAAACUGUUCUGGUUACAGCACUGUUAACUUUGCACAUCCUUUCUUUGAGCACUUAACUCACUUUCACUUGAUUUCUCAAGCCAAUAUUAUUGUCAGCACCACUAGAUUGUUUCAAAAGAAGCUAGAAGAAGGCAAUUGUUUAUUUUUUUUAUUGUUAUUAGUCUUGUUUGGGUGUUUUUAUGAUGUUUUAUUCAGCAGAAUCUUGAGUCCCAGACUGAAUAGAUGAGUUCUGUAGGAGGAAGGAAAAAAAAAAGUGCCAAAAUGACCACAAGGAAACUGUGGAAGUAUGAUUAUUAGUGCAGCUCUGAGUUUCGGCUGCACUGGUUUUACUUUGAUCAUUUUCAUUUUUUCGUUAUUCCGCGGGAACAUAGAAAUAAACACAGGAUUAUUAUUCUCAGUGGUCUCUAUGCGGCUGAAUCAGGGCAUUUCCACCCAUGUUAUGUUGCUUCAGAGGCUCUGAGAAGGAAGGAUGACCCCCCCCACCCGCUCGCUGCGCUGCGUAUACCUCCACAGUUUCUGCUCCUGAUUAGCCGUGCAGUAUUUUAUCCAAACCGAGUCCCGUUUUCCUGCACUUCUGUGAGGAGAAGGAGACUUUAUUUAAUUUCUACGUGUCGUUCGUUGAUGUGUGGGACUUUAUAGAUGUUUUUCUUUUUCUUUGUAGUGUUUGUUAAAUUAUACAUGAUCUGUUACUUUUAAGUGUUUAUUACAGGCAUGACUUUUACAAAAACAAGAGGAUGAGUUUGUGUAAAGACUGCUGCAGAUGUCUUUAUUUUAUUUUCUGUAAGAAACACAAAACGCACAGAGAAAAGAUCCAGAGCGAGUCUGGAGCCGAGCUGAUGUUGGAGUUCUGCGUCGACAUGAAGUUCAAUGUUACUGUUUGUUUGGCAUCUAUAGUAACCAAAGAUUUAAAUAAAAUAAACAACAAAAAAAUAUAUAUUAUUUUGGAAAGUUGUGAGGUUGUUUAAAUAAA